ACAUCACCAAUCAGAUGAUGAUCCCUGCUGGAGCAUCCUUACAUGAGUGCCUCAUCUGUGGGAAACGCUUCCAGAAAAAGAAUUACCUUGCAAAACACCAGAGGAUUCAUGUGAGACCUAAACUAUACCAGUGCUCGGAGUGCGGGGAAGGCUUCAAUUGGAGAGAAGGAUUUAUAAGACACAGGGGGAUGCACACUGGCGAGAAGCUGCAUGAAUGCAGCCAGUGUGGAAAAUGUUUCAGCCAGAGGGAGAGCCUGAUCAGGCACAAGAAAAUCCAUACAGGGAAGAAGCCGUACGAAUGCCAUGAGUGUGGGAAGAACUUCUGUCGGAGGGAUUCGCUGGUUCGACAUCAGAAGAUCCAUACAGGGGAGAAGCCAUAUGAAUGCCUUGAGUGUGGGAAAAGUUUUAAUCAGCGAGAAGUACUGAUCCGGCAUCAGAGAAUCCACACUGGGGAAAAGCCAUUUGAGUGCCAGCAGUGUAGGGAGAGCUUCACUCGAAGAGCCAUACUGAACAGACAUGAACAAGUCCAUCUGGAAGAGAGUGACUUUUUAAUACUCUGAGAGCAAACCCUUCUGACUACUUCCUGCUCCUUGUUGGGGGAAAAGACAUUGCCCUUUGUUUAUUAUUGGUGUGUUUUGCUGAAAAAGUUUUUCCUUCCUUUCCUCCCUCUUUCCCUCCUUCCCUCUUUCCCUCCUUCCCUCCUCCCCUCCCUCCUUCCUUCCCCCAGAUUGCCCAGUGAGCCUCAAUGGCAGACUAGUUGGAUCCGAGUUAAAGACUAGGUGAGAUACCUUUUCCUGGGUUGGGAGGAGCCAGCGGCCAAAUGAUUGGUAUGGAGGGAAAGUUAAGGGGGUCUUGAAUACAGUCUAUAACCUUCA